AUGGCGCCCCUGCCCCUGUGGCUGCUGUGGCUGCUGCUCCCGCUCGGCCCGCGGGCCCAGAAGCUGCCCACGCGCAACGAGGAGCUCUUCCAGAUGCAGGUCCGCGACAAGGCCUUCUUCCACGACUCCUCGGUGCUCCCGGACGGAGCUGAGAUCAGCAGCUACCUCUUCCGAGACACGCCUAAGAGGUACUUCUUUGUGGUGGAAGAGGACAACACCCCGCUGUCCGUGACCGUGACCCCCUGCGACACCCCCCUGGAGUGGCGGCUGAGUCUGCAGGAGCUGCCGGAGGAGGCCAGCGGGCAGGGCUCAGGCGAGCAGGAGCCGGAGCCGCUGGAGCAGCAGAGGCCGCAGGCCACGCACGAGACGGGGGCCGAGCUGCUGUCCUACCAAGGCAACGACGUGGAGUCCUUCGUGUCGGCCGGCGCCCCCUCGGGGCUGUACCGGCUGGAGCUGCUGUCCACGGAGAAGGACGCGCACUUCCGAGUCUACGCCACCACCACGCCCGCGUCCGACCACUCGCGGCCCCAGGCCGACAUCCAGAAGGUGUGCAUAGGAAACAAGAACAUCUUCACCGUGUCGGACCUGAAGCCCGACACGCAGUACUACUUCGACGUGUUCGUGGCCAACGGCCGCAGCAACAUGAGCACGGCCUACGUGGGCACCUUCGCCAGGACCAGGGAGGAGGCCGCGCAGAAGACGCUGGAGCUGAAGGACAGGAAGGUGACCGAGGUGUUCGUGAAGAGGAAGGGGGCCAAGCUGCUGCGGUUCGCCCCCGUGUCCUCCCACCAGAAGGUCGCCUUCUUCGUCCACUCCUGCCUGGACGCCGUGCGGGUCCAGGUGCGCCUAGACGGGAAGCUGGUUCUGUCCCAGAGCGUGGAGGGCGUGCGGCAGUUCCUGCUCCGGGGGCGGCCCAAGGCCAAGUACCUCCUCCGGCUGAAGGGGAGCAGGAAGGGGGCGUCGCUGCUCAAGGUCCUGGCGAGCACGCGGCCCGGCAAGCACGCCUUCCCGUCCCUCCCCGAGGACACGCGGAUCAAGGCCUUCGACAGGCUGCGCACCUGCUCGUCGGCCACCGUGGCCUGGCUGGGCACCCAGGAGAGGAGCAAGUUCUGCCUCUACAAGAAGGAGGUGGGCGACGCCUACAGCGAGGACCAGAGGAAGAGAGAGCAGAACCAGUGCCUGGGGCCGGACACGAGGGCGAAGUCGGAGAAGGUGCUCUGUAAGUACUUCCACAGCCGGAACCCACAGCGGGCGGUGACCACGGAGACCGUCCGCGGCCUCCAGCCGGGCAAGGCCUACCUGCUGGACGUGUACCUCGUGGGGCACGGGGGGCACUCCGUCAAGUACCAGAGCAAAGUCGUCAAAACCCGCAGGGUCUGCUAGUGACCUGGGUGCAGGCAUGUCACGUGGACCUGUCACGGGGCCUCCAAGAUGCGAGUGCCCGUGGCCGAGCGCGAGGGAGGGGUGUCCACGGGCGUCCGUGGAUGCUGGCGUCCCCUCGAGAGGGGAGACUGGUCCUUGCACGCCCAGGGUGCCUGGUGUGCGACGUCACAGACAGACCCCCGCAGGAGCCGCCAUCCCCGCUCUGACCACUGCAUGAACUGCUUCUAAAUUAUUUUAUUACCUGAAAGUUUAAAAGAUGCCACUCAUUGCACACAUACCCCCAAAUGCAAACCAGUCCUCUCGAUAGAUGCUAGGAUAUAUCGAUAUAAAUUAUUUUAUAAAGUCUUGUCUUAAAUGUCAGUGUGUCUAUGAUCGUAAGCUAUUCAAGUCUCCUGUUAAAGCGCAGAUCGGAUCUACGUCCUUGAUGUGGACGGCGCUCUGGUCAGUUGUACGGUAAAUGCUUAUCUGUCGCGUGGAAUGUUCAAAUGCUGUAUGUCUCUCCUGUGCGGAGUUGACACGUUGUAUCCAUGUACAUAACAUUAAAGAUAUUAGAGUCUAUUCUGCUCAUUUUCCCAAGCA